GGGUUGUUGGAGAUGUGGAAUGUGUGUCCAUUCGUAAUAGGGCUUGGGACACGGUCUCCAAAAAGUGCUAAACUGUCCUUGACACAACCCCACAUACCGUGACUGCCAGGGAGAUGAGUGCCAAAGAACGAGACUGAAGAUCUGCUAUUUAAUGAGGUAAAGAAAACACUGCUACAUACUAAUGAGUUUCUUGCUCUUUAGUAUUGAAGAUGUUUUGUAUUGCUAGGCUGAAAAUGCCCUGAGGGUUGUAAGGCUCCUCUCUUGGGGCUCUGUGACUGACUGGCUGGUGCAAUGAGAGUUGAGAGGAUGUCAUUACAAUUGACAGCCAGUGGCUGUCCUCAUGAGACGUGGACCGCCGCCUGCCAUCUGAGGUGGAGAUACUGUUUUGUGCGAAAGCGUUCAGUGAAUUAGGAGUCUUGUGAUCUAUUAUUUACCCCAAAAACGUCCUCAGGCGAUCUUUAACAGAGUACACAGACACUCAUUUUCACUGGUAACCCCUUUAAAGCGAUUCUCACCCACCGUCUGCCAAUCCAUUAAAAAAAUGUGUCCUAUUAUUUUGUGUGCAACCUUUACAUGAAAGGAAAUACUAAAUAAAUCAUCUGAAUUUAAUGUUAACUACUGUAACGAGGGGCCAUACUAAAGUCCAUGUUAUAUUUUGCAUUGAAUUUGUAUCUGAAAGGGGAAUACCACAAUGGCCAUUCCCUUGUCAAUUGUUCUCUGUAUUCAUUUGUUAUUUCCACAUUAGGGAAACAUGAUUUGUUGGGUUGAUAAAAUCUAGGCCACGUUUAUGACCAUGGUUGCUGGACUUCCCCAUCUCACCACUCCCCUUAGCCACAUCACACUACAAAUCACUGAGCAAGGAGCCCCCGGCAGUCCUUGUGCAGGGUACUGGAUUACGGUGUUUCCUGCAGAGUUUAACCUGGACAUGGGCCUUAUACGCCUCACUGAGGAGUUCAGAGACGUGGCGGCUCAGCUGGGCUGUGAGGAACACUACAAACUCAUUGACAUCUCCACCAUCCCGUCAUAUGACUGGAUGAGAAAGCUGACUCAGAGGAAGAAGCAAGCCAAGAAGGGCAAAGCCUCACUCCUCUUUGACCACCUGGAGCCCAUGGAGCUGGCGGAACACCUCACGUUCCUGGAGUACAAGUCCAUCAGGAGGAUAUCAUUCACAGACUACCAAAGCUAUGUGAUGCACGGAUGUCUGGUGGACAACCCAACGCUGGAGCGCUCCAUCGCCCUGUUCAACGGAGUCUCCCAGUGGGUUCAGCUCAUGGUGCUCAGUAAGCUGACACCCCAACACCGUGCUGAGGUCAUCACCAAAUACAUCAACGUGGCCCAGAAACUCCUCCAACUGCAGAACUUUAAUACACUGAUGGCCAUGGUUGGAGGUCUGAGCCACAGCUCAAUUUCCCGUCUGAAGGAGACCCACUCUCAUCUAGCACCCGAGGUCAACAAGAUCUGGAAUGAGAUGACGGAGCUGGUCUCCUCCAAUGGGAACUACUGUGCUUACCGCAAGGCCUUCACAGACUCCGAAGGCUUCAAGGUCCCCAUCCUGGGAGUCCACCUGAAGGACCUGAUCGCUGUGCACGUGGUCUUCCCCGACUGGGUGGACGACGACAAGGUGAACAUCGUAAAGAUGCAGCAGCUCUACCUCACCUUCAACGAGCUGGUGUCCCUGCAGAGUGCUGCAGCCCAGGUGGAACCAAACAUGGACCUCAUCUACCUGCUCACUCUCUCUCUAGACCUUUACUACACUGAAGAUGAGAUAUAUGAGCUAUCCUUGUUAAGGGAACCACGGAACCCAAAGUCUUUGCCUACUUCUCCAACAACCCCCAACAAGCCAAUGGCCCCUCUGGACUGGGCAUCAGGUGUGACAGCCAAACCUGACCCCAAUGUGGUGAACAAGCACAUCAGGAAGGUGGUGGAUUCUGUAUUCAGGAACUACGACCAUGACCAUGAUGGCUACAUCUCUCAGGAGGACUUUGAGAGUAUUGCUGCCAACUUUCCUUUCUUGGACUCUUUCUGUGUGUUGGACAAGGACCAAGAUGGCCUGAUUAGUAAGGAUGAGAUGAUGGCUUACUUCCUGAGGGCCAACCCCUUGCUCCAGUGUAAAAUGGGCCCUGGUUUUAUCCACAACUUUACGGAGAUGACGUAUCUGAAGCCUACCUUCUGCGAGCACUGUGCUGGAUUUCUCUGGGGAAUAAUCAAACAGGGAUACAAGUGCAAAGAUUGUGGUGUGAACUGCCAUAAACAGUGCAGAGAGCUGUUGGUACUGGCCUGUAGGAAGCUGCCGCGUUCCACCUCUUUGCAAAGUGUCUCCCCUGGAGGCCUGACCCACAGCUCUCUACCCAGCAGCCCCACCAUGCCCACCUUCAAGGAUGAGGACGAGAUGUUUGAGUUCCCCUCGGUGACACCUGGAGGUUCUGACCUGGAGCAUAAGUCCAUCACCCUGAUGACGUGCUCAGCCCAGCGGAUCUCUGUGGGUUUACAGCGGGCCACCACCAGCCAGGCCACGCAGACGGAGCACCUGUGGUCAGAGCACACCUGGGGGGCUGGGGAUGGGGGCUCCCACACCUUCCCCAAGAUGAAGUAUCGACCACACCGGCAGGCCUCCAAGAGCAAAGGCUUUGCCCACUGGGAGAACGAGGCCCAGAAGGAGCCCAGGGGUCGGCGGGGAUCCCAGGAGCAGACGGACAGACCUGCAGAGGUGGUGCAGAAUGGGAUAAUACCACACAGAGAGAAGGACAGCUGACUUGGAGACACCAAGGGCCGAACCCAGGGCUCCAGGAGGCCCUUGGAAGCCCGCAUCAGGAAGCUCUCCUCACUGGACGAAGUACUUGGCUGCUUGAGGCCCUCGUUUGGUGACCUGGUGUAGGAUGGACAGGUGUUCAGUGAACCACAUAUGAAUACUGAUGUUUAAUCCCGAACCAGGGAUGUGAGUGAUGGGACUGAAAAAGCCCUUGUCCUCAAUGCUCCCCAGCUCUACACACCCUGCCUUCACAACCCAUCAGUGUCAUUGGAAAAGGAUCCUGGACUACUUACAGUACAUGUGAUUUAGGUUUGUUGGGGCUCACCAGUGUUUGACUGACUGAACGUAAAUGAGCGGGUGUCCACCUGUGCCUGUAUGAAUGUCGGAGCAUGUACAUGCUUCCUUUUGAAUUUCUGUGUGGUCUGUGGAGCACAUAUGUGUGUUAUCUACUGUUGAUUUGCUGAAAAAAUUAAGUUAUUUGGGUCACGUGGCUUAGUUGCAAUAAUGUAUCAUGUUUGAUUGACAUUUUGAGGACACUGUGAUGUUUUAUGAUGGACUGGGUGGGGGAUGCAAAGUGAGAAAGCAUUUGGAGAUGUGAGAAUGCAUUAAUAAGAGAUCAAGAUGUAAAGCAAUAGAAAGUUAAAGGUGAAGAUGAAUAUGAGGGAAAAAGUGGCAGGUACAUUGUUUCUAAGGGUAAUGGGUUAAAAGUGGCAUGACAUGUGGCAUGACAACUGAUGGUCGUUUAUGAGCCAGUUCUAUAUCUUAGUCUGGAAUACAAGAAAUGGUACUUGUUGUGUUAGCAUGAGGAAAAGAACAAUACAACCACUGAGAGUUGUGUUAUAAAUUUAAGGAAAAGUUGUCUUUUGGUUAGUCAAGAAAGCGUUAUUGUUUUCAGUCUUAUUAUUUCAAAGGGAUUUGAACUCUGUAUCCACUCAGGACAAUGAGGUAAACUACAGAUACUUUACAUUUAUUUAUGGGUUUAGGUAUGUGAUAUUUCAUAUAGUCAGGCGAUUCAAUGUUUAAAGUAUUCUGGUUAUUUCAAAGCCUUGCAGGCUGAAUAUGUGAAUAUGGGUCAACAAUGUUUCUCAUUGUCCACAUAAAUAGAGACACCAUUUGAGUGACCUUUUACCUAUUUUCAUCAGCUGAAGAAUCAAGCCUGUUGCAUUCAGGCAGAGGUAAUGGAAUCUCCACUAAGCCUUCAGUCAGUGGAGCACUGAUUACGCACUUGCUUACAGUGGCACCAGGUGUGAGCCCAGGUGCUUGUGCUGUGGUUGCCAGGCAUCAGUUGAGUGAGCAGGUAAGUUCCUCCAUCACCAAGGAUACAGCAGGUUACGUAAGGGGAGGGAGUUUAUUUUCAUCUGUAGAGAGACUUCUUGUAGGGCCUCAAGGUAGGGACAAGUAGGUACGGGCAGGUGAGUUUGACAUGGAGGUCUCUGUAAUGACAAUAGAGUCUGACCUUCUGUUCGACACAGUAAGACAGAGCCAAGAACAGGACUGCAGGGUCAGAGGAUUCCAUGUUGGGGGAGGAGCAUGGGGGAAAUAUUGUGUAUAUUUGCAAGAGAUAUCCAAGGCUUCAUAUACAAGAGCUAAAAAGGUCCAAUGCAGCCGUUUUUUAAAAUCUCAACAUCAAAUCAUUUUUGUGUAACAAUUAAGUACCUUACUGUGUUUCUUUUUGACCAUUUUAAUUGAAAACAAACACAUAGAUUCUUAGCAAAGAGCAAUUUCUCAAGCAAUAAUUUUGCUAGGACUGUCUGGGAGUGGUCUGAGAGGGGAGGGGAAAACUAGCUGUUAUUGGCAGAGAGGUUUGGAACUCUCUUUCUUAUUGGACUAUUAACUAAUUUACCUCCUGGUGAUGUCACCAGGCAGACCAAAGCUCUGUCCCACCAAAACAGGCUGAAAGUUCAGGCAGUCUUUUCAAACAGCUCUUGUGCAAAGGGCAUUAUGGAAAUACACUGCAUAUAAAACACAGGAAAAUUGCGUUUUUGACUGCACUGGGCCUUUAAGGGAUGACAAUGAUUCAGUGCUUAGUGGGUGACACGAGUCAGUGCAAUAUCACUCUCCUUGCUGCUGGACUACUCAUGGAUAAUGUGUUAUUUCUGCAAGGUCUCCUAAACACACAAUAUCAUCAUACCUGGCUGAAAUCAAGGACAGCAAAGCGUUGUGAUGCCACAGAGGUUCUUUCCAUAUGCUUGGCUGAGCUGCUUUCAAGUACAUUGGUCUGCAUAAGUUCUCAUUGAUCUUGGUGCCAGAUCUUAUAUAGCUCUACUGGGGUUGUUACGUGUUGGCUAUUGAGAACAUACACAUGCAUGUAUAAUGUUACACUAAUGAAUGCCACUAAGCUGACCUUGAAUUCUCUGCUUGUCUCACAUUCACAUACACUUAUAUAUACAAAUGUAUGUGGACACCCCUUCAAAUUAGUGGAUUUGGCUAUUUCAGCCACACCCGUUGCUGACAGGUGUAUAACAUCAAGCACACAACAUUAGCAGUAGAUUGGCCUUACUGAAGAGCUCAGUGACUUUCAAUGUGGCACCGUCAUAGGAUGCCACCUUUCCAACAAGUCAGUUCUUCAAAUGUCUGCCCUGCUAGAGCUGCCCCGGUCAACUAUAAAUGCUGUUCUUGUGAAGUGAAAACGUCUAGGAGCAACAACAGCUCAGCCGCAAAGUGAUAGGCCACGAUAGGCCACAAAAGCUCACAGAACGGGACUGCCGAGUGCUGAAGCACGCAGUGCCUAAAAAUGGUCUGUUAUCAGUUGCAACACUCACUGCCGAGUUCCAAACUGCCUCUGGAAGCAACGUCAGCACAAUAACUGUUUGUUGGGAACUUCAUGAAAUGGGUUUCCAUCAGUGGAGACUGCUGAGGGGAGGACAGCUCAUAAUAAUGGCUGGAACGGAGCAAAUGGAAUGGCAUUAAACACAUGGAAACCAUGUUUUGAUAAGAUGGCGUCGAAGAGGAUGGCUGACUUUUUACAUGCUCCUAACCAACAGUUGUUUUGCAACUUAUUUCUUAACUUAUUUUGUAUGUAAUGUUGCAGCUACCGUCUCCUAUGACUGAAAAUAACUUCUGGACAUCAGAACAACGAUUACUCACCACGAACUGGAAGAAGCUAUAUCCCUUAACGAAUCCGACGAGAAGGAUAUACUGCUUUCCUGGGAACAGGCCCAAAUCCCCAUAAUUUGCGUGAAGAAAAGACGGAGGAAAAGAGGGCAAAGUUUGGGCUGCCUUCUGAGAAUCCGUAGGCGAGAGAGUAAACUCCCACUGCCAUCCGUUCUACUGGCUAACAUGCAAUCAUUGGAAAAUAAAAUUGAUGACCUACGAUUACCCUACCAACGGGACAUUAAAAACUGUAAUAUCUUGUUUCACCGAGUCGUGGCUGAAUAACGACAUGGAUAAUAGAGCUGGCAGGAUUUUCCAUGCACCGGCAAAACAGAGAAGAAGCUAUGUCUGGUAAGACGAGGGGUGGGGGUGUGUGUCUUUUUGUCAAUAACAGCGAUAUCUAAUAUUGAAGAAGUCUCAAGGUAUUGCUCGCCUUAGGUAGAGUACCCUAUGAUAAGCUGUAGACACACUAUCUACCAAGAGAGUUCUCAUCUAUAUUAUUCAUAGUCGUCUAUUUACCACCACAGACCGACGCCGGCACUAAGACCACACUCAAUCAACUCCAUAAGGCCAAAAGCAAAGAAGAAAAUGCUCAUCCAGAAGUGGCGGGGACUCCUAGUAGCCGGGGACUUCAAUGCAGGAAAACUUAAAUCCGUUUUACCACAUUUUAUCAGCAUGUCACAUGUGCAACCAAAGGAAAAAAAACUCUAGAUCACCUUUACUCCACACACAGAGAUGCCUUGCAAGCAACACUGAAGCAUGCAAGAGAGCACCAGCUGUUCUGUAUGACUGUGUGAUAACACUCUCGGUAGCCGAUGUGAGCAAGACCUUUAAUCAUGUCAACUUUCACAAAGCUGCAGAGCCAGAUGGAUUACCAGGACGUGUACUCAAAGCAUCCGCGGACCAACUGGCAAGUGUCUUCACUGACAUUUUCAACCUCUCCCUUACCGAGUCUGUAAUACCUACAUGUUUCAAGCAGACCACUAUAGUCGCUGUGCCCAAGGAAGUGAAGGUAACCUGCCUAAAUGACUACCGCCCAGUAGCACUCAUGUCGGUAGCCAUGAAGUACUUUGAAAGGCUGGUCAUGGCUCACAUCAACAGCAUCCUCCCGGAUACCCAAGACCCACUCCAAUUCGCAUACCGCCCCAACAGAUCCACAGGUGACGCAAUCUCAACCAUAAUUGGGUAGAACAAGCUCAUGGUAAUGGCUGGAGCGGAAAUAAGUGGAAUGGUUUCCAUGUGUUUGAUGCUAUUGCAUUUGCUCCGUUCCAAAUAGUAUUAUGACAGUAUUAGCUGUACUCAACAGCCUCCACUCGUUUCCAUGGCUGAUCAGCAGCAUACAAGCCUAAGAUAACCAUGCACAAUGCCAAGUGUCGGCUGGAGUGGUGCAAAGCUUGCCGCCAUUGGAUUCUGAGGCAGUGGAAAUGCGUUCUCUAGAGUGAUGAAUCACGCUUCACCAUCUGGCAGUUCGACAGACGAAUCUGGGUUUGGUGGAUGCCAGGAAAACUCUACCUGCCCAAAUGCAUAGUGCCAAUUGUAAAUUUUGGUGGAGGAGGAAUAAUAGUCUGGGGCUGUUUUACAUGGUUUGGUCUAGGCCCCUUAGUUCCAGUGAAGGGAUAUAUAUAUAUAUGACGCUAUAGCAUGCAAUGAUAUUCUAGAUGAUUCUGUGCUUCCAACUUUGUGGCAACAGUUUGGGGAAGGCCCUUUCCUGUUUCAGCAUGACAAUGCCCCCGUGCACAAAGCAAGGUCCAUACAGAAAUGGUUUGUCGAGAUCGGAGAGGAAGAACUUGACUGGCCUGCACAGAGCCCUGACAACUCCCUCAAACACCUUUGGGAUGAAUUGGAACGGCGACUGCGAGCCAGGCCUAAUCGCCCAAUAUCAGUGAUCACCUAACUAAUGCUCUUGUGGCUGAACGGGAAGCAAGUCCCUGCAGCAAUGUUCCAACAUCUAGUGGAAAACCUUCCCAGAAGAGUGGAGGCUGUUAUAGCAGGGGACCAACUCCAUAUUAUUGCCUGUGAGUUUGGAAUGAGAUGUUUGACGAGCACAGGUGUUCACAUACUUUUGUUCAUGUUGUGUAAUUACCACAAAAUGACUUUGCUUGUUUUGAAAAAGGUUCUGAGUUAUCAUGUCUAUAAGGGAUAUUACGACAAUAACAACUUCACUUCUACAACGACAUACUUUUUUUUGUAUUUGGGACACAUUCCAACAAGACUUUAUAUUAUUUCUGUCAAAUUAUUGUCAACAAUAUUGAUGACACUAUUAUCAACAUUAACUGGUCUACUUGAGAAAAGUGUGUUCUCACUUGAUUGUACGUUUUUCAUCUAUUUUCAUACUGUCUAAUGUAUUGUUUAUGUAGAGCAUUUUCUAGCAUUGUUUAAUUAGCCAUUCUGUGCCAAUUUUAUUUUAUUUGUUGAUGUGGCAAAUUUAUACACAUUUUUAUAAUGUACUGUAUAAAACUACAGAUUUUCAGCACCUAGUAUUCAGUUUAGAAUUGUCAGAUUGUUAUUGAAGGUUACCACAGAAAACUCAUUCAAUGCUUUCCUGAAACCAAUCAUAUGGCAGUGUUUUUACUCCUUCUGUAUUUUUUGAAACAAUGCAAUGUACCGUCUCUAGCCCUGUUACCUGCUGACAGUCUUUGUUUGAGGGAAAAGUAAAGCCAACACAUAUUCUGAGGCCAAAAAAACUGUCACUGCAGUCCAAUAUCAGAUCCAUUAUUAGAGAGGCAGAAUUCACCAACUAAUCAAACUUGAAUACUGGAUUUAUGUAUAUAAUAUGAAUGCACCCCUGGCUGAAGCUGAAGCGCAGCUGGGUCAUGCAGCAAGACAAUGAUUCAAAACACACAAUCAAGUCUACAUGAAAAUGGUUAAAAAUAAAAUAAAAAUGAAACUUCAUAGGCUACAUCCAAAUAUAUACAUUACCUCUGUCAAAAUGACAAUUUUUAUUUAUGUGUUAAACGCAUUACCUUGAUGGAUUAUGUUGGGGUUAUGGUCUUUAAGAACAGUGUAUUUUUGAACAAAGGAAAAAUAAGUGAUGAUAAUAUAAUGUAUUUAUAGAAGUUUUACAUUAUUCCUAUGAACCAUCUGCUGUUAGUAGCCUACUCAUUUCCCAUAUAUUUUCAUAUUUCACUUUUAUGUAUAAAUCUGCUCUAUACUGUGCUUCAAUGUUGUCCUGUUCCAUCUUGUCGACCAUGUGCUAUGGGUUGGUUUGCCAAAUCUGUCUUCUCUCUCUAUCUCUGCUUAGACCUAUGUGUGUUGUAUAUUCACUGGGGGCAACCAUGUCUUAAAGAUAAACCCCUGGAGUGCUAAGAAUUCUGUUUCUCCAUAUGUGGCAUGUAAACUAUCAACCUUUACACUGUAAACGGCCAAAUAAAGAAUUGACUCCUGUUUAUCA